AUGACUUUAGUUCUAUCUCAACUUUGUCUAUGCACGAUUGUUAAGAAUGAAAUUGACAAUGAAUCGGGAGGAAUUAUUCAAUAUUGUCAUCAAAUUUUGCCAUAUUUGAAAUAUGCCAUUAUUAUUGAUACCGGAAGUACCGAUCAAACUUUUCAAGCAUUGCAAGAACUUCAAUCACAUUCAUCGAAAUUCUAUCACAAUUUGAACUUUCAUGUUCGACGCAGUGUUCAUCCUAAAUUUAUGGGUUUCGCUCAAGCAAGAAAUGAAAGUCUCGAAUGGGCAUGGAAAUUAUUUGGAUCACAAGAACAUCAUGAACAGCCAAGUCAUAUCUUAAUUCUCGAUGCUGAUGAACGAUUAACCAUAGAUCAGUUAAACUUAAUUGAUAAAACAUUGAAUGUCAUCUCCAAUUCAGAUACAUCUGUUUCUCAUCGUUGUGAUUGUUCUGACGUACAAUUUCAUGAAUCAUGUUUAAAAUUUUCCAUUCAAUGCUUUAAUCGAUUGAAUGAUCCAGUAGCACGAUCCAAUUCUGGUUUAUUGAACCCUCGAAUAUUUCCAUUCAAUUCAAAAUUUCGAUUUAUUAAUCAAAUAUCCAAUAUUCGAUUUGAACGAUUAGUAUUUGAUAAUAAACCAUUACCGCGUUGUUAUCUUGCUUCAUCUUCCUUUUAUCCUAUUCAUAUCAUUUUGCAUCAUUACAUUCUCAAUUCUUCGCAGCGUAGAAAGAAAAAUGAAUGGUACAAACAAUUAAAAUCUGACGAUUGCAUCGAUCAAAUACAAGAAACAAUAACUAAUUCCAUUGCUGAUCAGCUAGAGUCUGUACAUAUUUGA